CUAUUCAACUUGCUAGCACCCCUCUUCCUCUCGGCAUACAUUUGAACUGUUGACGAAUUUCACUUGUCUCUGCUGGAGUUCUGGCCUGAAAGUUUUGACCGGGAGUUAUUUUGUAGAGUGAGACUGGACUAAAGAAACAAGAGAUAAAUCGGGAGCUCCUGCUAAAAUAAUUCUGAGAAGAAAGGGGAAAUAAUUCUAACAACCUGUUGACUCAUUCACAAAAGAUACGACAGCCGCAAACAUACGCGGAAGUUGUUUUUAUUUAGAAAUUGUUAAUAAGAAACACGUUUUUGGAUUUUUGUUUCUUUUGUUUUAUAUAGCAUGCCUUCGUCGCGACUCUUUUCGCUGUGCAUGCAGGUUGUAAAGGAAGCUCUCUCAAAACAGAUGGCACAGUGAUCUCAGAUGCUAAACAAAUUAAGAACGAAUUUAAAGUUUUUUAAGAGUACGAAUCCAGUGUGUGAGGCAAAGAAGGCUAUUUUUAAUGUUUUUCAAGCGGGACGUUUUCUUGGUAAAGACGCGGAUUGCACGAGUUGCCGGUUUCUUCAGAAUGAGAGUUUCUACUGCGUCGGGAUAAGACCUACAGUAGGAAGUGUACGCGAGCAACACUGCAAUUUGCUGUCAAUACAAUAACAGAUGGAAUUACGGCGUCGGGACAGACCUUAGAGACUGACAGACAGGAGACUCAUUUAGCGGGAGCGACAGCAGUCGCAGUGUCAGGUGAGGCGGUCCCCAUGGACCUGCGGGUGGGCCAGCGUGCGGUUCGGCCGGGCUCAGACACGGCCAUGCUCACGCCCCUCCCCCACCCCCACCCCCUCCUGCUGCCCAGUACCUUCUCACCCCAGCCCUGCUCCCAGUUCUCCCAGCAGCAGCUGCACUUCAGGUUCAACAUGGAGCAGAGGAGGCGCGAGCAGGAGCAGGAGAAACAGCAGGAGCUGCAGCAGCUCUGGCACAAGGACAAGAGCAAACAGAGUGCUGUGGCCAGUUCAGCAGUGAAGCAGAAACUCCAGGAAGUAAUUCUGAAAAAGCAGAAACAGGCUGCCCUGGAGAGGACCAGCUCCAACCCACUUAGCGGCCCACCUGUGGGAUACAGGGAGCUGGCCCCAGACCCUAGCGCACCCCCUCAGUCCGGAAUGGUGCCAUCUCCCGGACAACAGCCUGUGGGCGACACCCCCGACGGUGACCCACCACUACGGCGAGCAGCCAGGUUCGCGGCUCACGGAAAAGACGGAAAAGAAGUAGUUUCAGCAUCGGAGCCCAACCUGAAGGUGAAGCACAAGCUGAAGAAACACCUGAACACCCGGAAGAGUCCGCUGACCCGUAAGGAGAGCGCGCCGCCCGCCGUCAAGCACCGAGUCCCCGACACUCUGGACUCCUCUCCCAGCAGCAGCAGCACCCCAGUGUCUGGCUGCAGCUCCCCAAACGACAGCCUGGAUAAUGGUGUGCUCCCUGCGGCAGGACUGUCCCACGAGGCUCAGAGGUUGCUGCUGCAGGAUGGCACCCUGGCCCAUUUCACUGUGCAAACCGCCUCCACCAUGCCCACCAUCACCCUGGGGCUGCCUGCUAAUGCCAAGAGCAAUGCUGAUCUGGGCUCUAUGAAGGUGGGCCGGGUUCUGGCCGGGACUCCUCAGGUGUACCUGCCCCUCGGGCUGGAAGAGGCCAGCAGCUCCCUGCCUCCUCACCUUCAGCCUGUGCUCAUCCUGGAGCCCUCCGGCCUGGUGCACUCCCCAAUGAUGGCUGUUCCAGGGCUGGGUUCUGUGCCCCUGCAGUUUGCUCCCCAUCUAGAAUGCCUGACUACACUGGGCCACAAACCUCUGAGCAGAACCCGCUCAGAACCUCUCCCCCAGAGUCCCAGAGCCCUGCACCCCCACCUGCUCCAGCAGCACCAGAACAGCCAGCACCUGGAGCGGCUCAAACAGCAGACCCACUUGGGCAAGCUGAUGUCCAAGUCGAGCGAGAAGCCGCGGCUCAAACAGAUUCCCUCGGAGGACAUGGACUCAGAGGAGGCGGGGCCGGCCCCCGGAGACGUCCAUCAGGGCAGGCCGCGGGCGGAGUCGCUGCGGGAGGCGGAGCCUGUCUCCCCGGGAGACGGUCAGGGAGAGCAGAUCAACCUGCAGCAGACUCUCAUACACAACCAGUCAUUGUUAUGGGAGAAACAACAGCAGUUGCACCAGCUGCGUCGUCAGACAGUCCAAAUGGAGACUCUGGCAGUUCCCAUGGCGCUUGGCCCGGCCCACCGACCCCUCUCCCGAGCCCAGUCCUCCCCGGCCUCCACCUCCCAACUGCUGCCAGACAAGACCCUCCCCAUGCCCCCCACAGAGACCCCCAGCAAGCCCCGCUUCACCACGGGCUUGGUUUACGACUCCCAAAUGCUGAGGCACCAGUGCACCUGCGGAGACAACAGCAGCCACCCGGAGCAUGCUGGGAGAAUCCAGAGCAUCUGGUCCCGACUGCAGGAGACAGGCCUGAAGAGCCAGUGUGAGAGAAUCGGGGGGAGGAAGGCCUCUCUGGAGGAGCUGCAGUCAGUGCACACUGAGCGCCACGUCCUGCUGUACGGCACCAACCCCCUCAACCGCCUCAAACUGGACAACCGCAAGCUGGCCGGAAUCCUUUCUCAGAGGAUGUUUGUGAUGCUUCCGUGUGGGGGUUGCGGGGUGGAUAACGACACCAUCUGGAACGAGAUGCACACCUCCACCGCGUCCCGAAUGGCGGCGGGCAGCGUGACAGAGCUGGCCUUCCGUGUCGCCAAAAGAGAGCUGAAGAAUGGUUUUGCAGUGGUGAGACCCCCUGGACACCAUGCUGACCCAUCUAACCCCAUGGGUUUCUGUUUCUUUAACUCUGUGGCUAUUGCAGCAAAACAGCUGCAGCAGAAGCUUAGCGUCAGUAAGAUCCUCAUUGUGGACUGGGAUGUUCACCAUGGCAACGGUACCCAGGAUGUGUUCUACAACGACUCCAGCGUGCUCUACAUCUCGCUCCAUCGCUAUGACGAUGGCAACUUCUUCCCUGGCAGUGGUGGGCCAACUGAGGUGGGAUCAGGGCCUGGAGAGGGAUUUACUGUCAAUGUGGCGUGGACGGGCGGCCUCGAUCCUCCCAUGGGUGACGCGGAGUACCUGGCAGCCUUCAGGACAGUGGUGAUGCCCAUCGCUCAGGAGUUCUCCCCAGAUGUGGUCCUGGUCUCGUCAGGGUUCGACGCCGCUGAGGGGCACCCCCCAGCCCUGGGGGGGUACAAAGUCUCGGCCAAAUGUUUUGGGUUCCUGACGCGGCAGCUGAUGCUCCUGGCGGGCGGGCGGGUGGUCCUGGCCCUGGAGGGGGGUCACGACCUGACGGCCAUCUGCGACGCGUCCGAGGCCUGCGUCAACGCGUUGCUCGGCAACGAGGUGAAGCCCCUGUCUCAGGACGCCCUGCAGCAGAGGCCCUGCCCUAACGCCGUGCGCUCGCUGCAGAGGGUGCUGCAGAUCCACGGUCAGUACUGGCUGUCAGUGAGGCGUUUUGUCCACACGGUGGAGCUGUCCUACCUGGGCGCUCAGAAGAGGGACUGCGAGGAGACGGACACUGUCAACGCAUUGGCCUCUCUCUCUGUGGGCGUCCUGGCCAGCAAGAGUCUCUCCGAUGAGCCUAUGGAAGACCAGGAUGACUCCAUGUAGAGAACUGUGACCUUUCAAGCCUUUGGACACUGUUUUCCCACCACUGACCUCUGACCUGUUGGUACUGUCCUGUGUCUGAGAACGAGGCCUUGCUCUACCCUGCACCAGCUCUUGCUCCCCCCGUCCCCUCCCAACACCGACUGUGCCUCCAUUGUCCACUCAAGCCGACUACUACGCCUCUACACAGAUACUACUACUCUUCAACACCAAGUGCAUCGGAUGCGGGGGACCUCAGCGCAGCUUGGCUGACCCGAGCAAUGCCCCUUUCACUUUAUACACGUUGGCAUAAAGACAGACCUCGUUCUUCCGUGACUUCAGAGAAACAGGCACAGAAUCUGUUAGUGAAGGAAAAGAGAAUUUUGGGAGCUAACCAUUACUGAAGAACAGAAGUCCAGUACCACAAUGUUAUUCUCACCUUAAUUGUUUUGUACCUUUUUGCUGAAGAGACGACUGUUUGCAAUGAAGCAUUCCAAGAGAGCAUUCCUGUCACUGCCUUUGCUUUUGUGGUGCCCCCUAUCUACAAACAUUCUGCCCCUGUGAUUGAAGUUUGUUUUUUAAAUGUACCGGACUUAAACUCAGACUGGAUACAGGCAGGGAAGGAAAGGUGUCUCUUUUUUUGGUCAAAACCAACAGACACACAGCCUUCUAGAAAGGACCAAAACAAGUAUUUUGCUUCCAUGUGGAACACAGAAAGUAGGGGGAGGAGUCCGGCCCCUGUGGAAUGUCUUAUUCUUACUGAUGUCAGUAAUAUUCAUGUUAUUUAACCACUAAAGAAGAAUAAUGAGAAGGAAAACUCGGAGGACUGUGGGGAUGGUUUUUUGUGACUUUUGCACUGUGCUUUCCGUAAUGUGAACCAUGAAAAAAAAAAAAGUCCAUCCUCUGGGACGAUAAGAAAAAACAUACUUACCUUAUUUAAAUAUGAAAAAAUGAAGCAAAAAGAAAAACUUUUAAACUUUAAUUUUGUUUUUAAAUCCUUUUUGCAGUCUUUGUUACAGUCCUUGAAGGUGCACUUACACAUGUGCACAUGUGUAAAGACAUUUCUGUUUGGCCAGAUUUUAUUUUAGGUCAAAGCAAAGACCAAAGGUAAUGUUCCACUCCUCCCUUGGCUCGAAACCAGUGGAAACGUCAAGUUUACAGUGUCCUACAGACUGUAGCAUGCUAAUCACUGUCAGCUAAUGCACACACAUUCACACACACACGCACACACACACACACACACACACUCUCACAUUAAAAGAACAUGCACUCCACUGAUUUCUUUCCACAUCAGAGAUUUAUGGACCAAUAAGAAUCCUUCCUCACAAUGAGGAAAGCAACCAAAUUCAUCCCAACCAAUGAACAUUGAGUAAACAGGCUCCUUUAUGUAAGAGUCUGUUUCCGUGCCUUAGGCAGAGAGGUUCACAGAUUUUAAAUUCGUUUGUGAGAUGAGCCCAGGCUCUCUACGAAAAGCAAUUCCCUCGACCACCGCAGUGCCUCGGCUAGCGAUGUCUUAAAACGUUUAAUCUGUGGACCUGCCAUAUUCGGUGUAGUCAGACAAGAACAUAUCUGCUUACUUUCGCUCAGAAGGGCUCAUUCCAGUUUUCUAUGUAAUUAAAUAUGAAAGAGACCAGUAUUUUAGCCUGUGGACAGACAUACUGUGCCUACUGUAUUGUGUAUAUUUGUUAGUUCAUUGAUAUUAGCUUUAAGAGGACAAAGCUCAAAGUGCAAUUUGGUGGUUUUGUUCCUGAACCGAGUUUGUGUUUUUUCCCGCUCUGAUUGUUGGAGCAGCAGAUGGGUCUACAGCUUUCCUCCACCUCUUACUGCACUGUUGUGUCAGAAAUGUAGAUAAUUUUUAUUGCUUCCCCAUUUUAUUAUCUUUUUUUCCAAUAACAUUGGGGGUGAAACGGUGCAUCAUAUUUCCAAAAAAUGAAAUUGGAAUGUUGGAUCUGUUUUCUUGAAGUGACCAGCAAUCUUCCAUUUUUUAGGUAGCCUAUGCGUUUUUUAAAUACUGGCCUGUAUGUUUUUUUGGGUUGUUUUUUUUGUUAUUUUAAGUACUUUUAAAAAACAUUGCAAUUAGGCUAUAUUACAUAUAGUAUCCAAAAUGGAAGACAUGUUUCAAUUAUGCAGACAGUGUAUUUAGUAUCCCGGUGAAUUGUUUUUAAUUCAGGGUUUAUUUUCUUAAUUAAUCAUAGGAAGAUGGUGUCUUAAUCCUGCCAUGUCAGCAAUAAGACUACAGUGACAUGUUGACACUGAUCCAUUUCACUGUAUAGCAGUCAUUGAGGAUGUAUACCUUCUCUCUGCAAUACAGUAUUUUUUCAAAUAGUAGUUAACUCCUUAAUGUUGCUAUGUUCCCCCAUUUUGACCACCAACGCUUUUUCCUCUGUUACAAUCUGUGUGAAGGAGUCCUGCAGAGCUGCCGGCCCUCAUCGGAAAAUAGCAAAUUACCUCCAAGAUUACACACAAGGCGGGUUAAACUACUAACCAAGGACACCCCCUCCCCCCUCCCCAACAAAAAAAAAGAUUACAUUUUCACCCUUGCACGCCCUUUGAUUCAUGUUGGUGUUUUAACUUCUGGUUUCUAUGAAGCGUGUAGUCUCAUUUGGAUAUACUGGAUCAGAACUAAAGGGCUAAUGCAAAGGAAAUAUGGGCACUCAAUAAUUUUUCACUGUGUAGUGGGCAAUAAGGAGAGUAAUUAGAGGUUAUGUCAAACGGUUCUUGGUGUGGGCCCAGUCAGUCUCACUGCUCCUGUCCCUUGAGCCUGGGCUGAUCACCUGUGUGUCCUCCUGUAGAUGUGUCUUGGAGGGGGAAUGCUUUUGAUCUGUAAUGCUCCAAUGUUUUGUGCGUACUACAUUAUUUAGGGUGAAAUCGAAGACCCUGGGCAGCAUUUGCCCAUUAGAUCCCACCAUUGCAUCCGACGCCCAAUUCUGCUGCAUUGUAGAAUUUAACGUGAAUUAAAACGAACUGUUCAUAGACAUAUUGGCCCAUAACCGACGGCAGUACGUUGCUGCUGUGUCAUUCCAGUCUAUGGUGCUUCUGAAGGGGGCAGAUUUUCUGUGUUUGUCACUGUUGAUGUGGUAAGGUCUAGAGAAUGUGUGUAAUCUCAUUACCUCUCUUUAGCCUUCGCAGAGGCCAGUGGGCCCUUUUGUCUUAAUCAUCCGUGCUUUGUGUUUUUUUUUUUUUUUUUUUUUAAUACUGUAGUUGUUUUUAUUAAAAAUGUUGUAAAUAGCUACCAUGACCAAACGACUUCACCAAUGUGCCUUGAGCUGAAUAAAUGAAGCCCCUCAUUAACUGGAGCUUAAAACAAAAAGAAAAAAAAAUUAGAGAGAAGACUUACUGAAUCUGUUUUAUCUUCUUUGCAAUGGCAUUGUUUAUUUUGAUUUCAUUUCAUUUCUUCUGUAUGUACAGGCAAGAAUGUCUAUUUUGUACUGUUUUUUUCUCUCUCUUCCUUAUUAAAAGGGAAAACUUUCUUGUUGACCCGAAAUGUU